CGGGUCCACCCGUAAUUGUCUUACUGGACUUGUUGAACUUUAGUCACGAGUAACUCGCAACUCUUUGUCUUCGGUCGUGUUUUAUAAUUUGCUUCGAGUUUUUUUUAGAUCAAUCGGGAAAGAUGGGAAGAUCUUUGACAAAGAAGGUGUUUCUGAUUCAAAGCCCGAUCCUGUUUCUCCACCUCCUCAUCUCCUUCUCAUCCGGAGCAACGAAACCGUAUUCGAGAGGAGUAUGCGUUUCUAAAGGAGGGAGGUUUCCGCCUUAUGAAUCACAAGGAAAGCCUCCAAAAUCCGUUGGUAGAGGAUCAGAUGACCUAACUCUAUGUCAAGUGUUCCGUAAAAAGACAUGUUGCUCUCCUGCUCAGACAAACCUUGCUUUCGUAGCUGUCAGAAACUUGGCUACUUAUGGAGAAGCUAGUGAAGAAUGUCUGCAUUUGUUCGAGUUGUUGGAGUGUUCAAUCUGUAACCCUAACGUUGGAGUUCAACCAGGUCCUCCUCGCAUUUGCGCUUCGUUUUGUAACAAAGUCUUUGAAGCUUGCAAAGACGCAUACUUCGCCAGUAAUGCCCAUACACAGAUGAUUGGCCCCUGUGGAGGAAACGAAAUCAUCUGCGUUAAAACGUCAAACUGGGUGUCCAAUGGCACAUCGUUCUGCGAGGCAGCUGGUUUUUCUGUUCAAAGAAAUGAUGAUUCUAGAAAAGAACCGUGUUAUGGAAGUAAAGCAAGUCUAGAACCGGUGGUGGAGCCACGGCCGAGAAGAGUCUCCAAAAAGAAGAAGAAGAAGAAGAAGACCCCUUUGAAGACUGAGACUCUAUCAUGUUUUAAAGAUCUUUUGCAUUGGGUUCGAGUAAUGACGACGAUUCAGAAGGUUUCGUUGGGAGUGUCAUUUCUUGUAGCAGGAAUGUUCUUGAUCAGGCGAUGGAAUAAAGGUCACCAGAAGCAGAGGCUAGCUGCAAUCCAGAGAGCUGCUAGACGAUUGGGAGGGAAGGCAAACGGGAAUUCAUACAGUGCAGCUGUAAAUAGAAGAGUAGUUCAAAGUUGA